AUGAUCCACGAAAACUAAGCUAGACCGACCAACAAACUGACAGAGAUUCUUUCAACUUUUUCUAUAUUUGGUAAAAUAAAAUAAAUAAGCUCGACUCUUUGAUCUUUAGUUAAAUUUUUUGUCUACAACAAUUACCAAGAGGCUCGAGGAUAGUCAAUAUUAUCAAGGCAAUUGCCAAUAAAUCAUCAAAAAUGCUAGGACUCAUAUGCUUGGCUUUCUUAGUUGGUGGUGCAAAUUGUAUGUACUCUUCCACGUCAGAUGUUGUUGAGCUAACACCAAGUAAUUUUGAUAAACUAGUUAUAAAUAGUGAUCACGUAUGGGUUGUUGAAUUUUAUGCACCAUGGUGUGGUCAUUGUCAAUCUUUAACUCCAGAAUACAACAAAGCUGCAACAGCUCUUAAGGGAGUUGUUAAAGUUGGUGCUGUUAAUGCUGAUGAGCAUAAAUCACUUGGUGGACAAUAUGGUGUACGUGGUUUUCCAACAAUUAAAAUAUUUGGAGCAAAUAAAAAGAAGCCAGAAGAUUUUAAUGGAGCAAGAACUGCAGCUGGUAUUGUUGAUGGUGCAUUGAGUGCUGCUAAAGACAAAGUUAAAGCUGUACUUGGUGGAAAAAAAUCCGACUCAAAGAAAUCAAAGGGAUCAUCAGAUGAUGUUAUUGAACUGACUGAUGAUAAUUUCGAUAAACUUGUAUUGAAUUCUGAUGACAUAUGGUUGGUUGAAUUCUUUGCACCAUGGUGUGGACAUUGUAAAAAUCUUGCACCAGAAUGGGCAUCAGCAGCAUCUGAACUUAAAGGAAAAGUUAAACUUGGUGCUCUUGAUGCAACUGUACAUACAUCAAAAGCAUCUGAAUAUAAUAUUCGUGGUUAUCCAACAAUUAAAUAUUUUGCUGGUGGUAAAAAAGAUUCUGAUUCAGUUGCUGAUUAUGAUGGUGGUAGAACAUCACAAGCUAUUGUCAGUUGGGCACUUGAUAAAUUUAAUGACAAUUUACCAGCUCCAGAUGUCAUUCAAUUAACUGGUAAACAAUCAAUGAAAGAUGCUUGUGAUGAUAAACCACUUUGUGUUGUAUCUGUUUUGCCUCAUAUUCUUGAUUGUCAAUCAAAAUGUAGAAAUGAUUAUUUAAAUACAUUAAAAACACUUGCUGAAAAAUACAAGCAAAAGAUGUGGGGAUGGGUUUGGGCAGAAGCUGGAAGUCAACCAGCAGUUGAAGAAGCAUUGGAAAUUGGUGGUUUUGGUUAUCCAGCACUUGCUGCAGUUAAUGCCAGAAAAAUGAAAUAUUCAUUGUUAAAAGGAAGUUAUAGUUUUGAUGGAAUAAAUAGUUUCUUACGUGAUUUGAGUUAUGGACGUGGUGGUACUGCUCCAUUGAGAGGUGCUGAACUUCCAAAAAUACAUGAAACUGAAGCUUGGGAUGGCAAAGAUGGAGUUCCACCACAAGAAGAAGAAAUUGAUCUUAGUGAUGUUGAUUUAGAUGAAAAAGAAGAACUCUAAGUACUGAUUAAUUUAAAUUUAAAAUAAAAUCAACGAGUCCUUUAAAAGCAUUUAUUAUUAUUUUUUUUUUUUCUACAUCCAUGCUAUAUCUUCCAUUCAGGUCAGUUGGUUUUUUUUGUUAAUUCCUAAUUGACCUUUGAAUUUAUAUGUUUAGGUCAUUCCAAAAUUUUUUAUACAAAUAAAAUAUUAAUGAAAAUUUCAACAACUUGAUUUGUAUUUUUUUAGAAAUUUUACACAUUAAUAUAUCGUGUGAUGUUCAUAUAUAUAUUAAAUAUUAAAAGUAAAAUUUAAUAAACUGUCUGUCCAAUUUAAAUAAAAUUUAAAUAAACU